CUGUCAUUUGUCCCGUCAACAGGACCCUCCUCCUCCUCCUCCUCCUCCUCCUCUGCUUUCUCUGCCUGUCGCUGUCUCUUCUUCACCUCCUCUCCUUCACUCCACUGAUCCUGAACACUGAGGAUGGAGAAAGCAGCUGAGGUGCUGUUGCCACCCCAACCUGACAAGAUGUCUCCCCCCCUGGACCCUGAGAGCUCAGAGGGUGAGGUGGCAACAUCUAGAGGUUGCGCCUCUUCUUUCGACCACAUGGAGGAGUUCCACCGACGACUGGAGGACAUCAUCAGUACCUACGGCUCUGCAAUCGGCCUCCAGGACAAACCGAGUGUGGUGGAGGCAGAGAUGGAGAAGAUGAAGGAGGAGGAAAAAGGUGACAUCACAGUUUCCAUGGACACAGAUAUCUCCCUCAUCAUGCAGAGUCUGAACAAUCUCUCGUCCGCAGAGCAGAAACUGGAAGAUCUGGUCAGAAAGUAUGCUGAAAUGGCAGUCUUGCGGCGCUGUGAUGAGCAGAGGCUGUGUGUCCUGCAGCAGAAACUGUCCAUCCUGCUGGAGGAGCGGAAGCAGCUGCAGGCCGAGCGUCGCAGCGGUGUAGCAGCUCGCAGCAAACUGGAGACUCUGUGCAGGGAGCUGCAGACACAUUACAACGUCAUGAGGGAGGAGACCCUUCAGCGUUGCAAGGAGGAUGAGGAGAAGAGGAAGGAGAUCACCAGCCACUUCCAGACCAUGCUGACGGAGAUCCAGACUCAGAUCGAGCAGCACAGCGCCCGAAACGACAAGCUGUGUCAUGAAAACACCCAUCUCACGGAGAAACUGGAGAGUCUGAUGAACCAGUGUGAGCGCAGGGAAGAGAGUUUGGAGAAGAUCAACAAGCACCGUGACCUGCAGCACCAACUGACUGAAGCCAAACUGCAGCAGGCCAACGCUCUGCUGGCUGAAGCUGAGGACAAACACAAGAGAGAGAAGGAAUACUUGCUUAGGGAGGCUAUUGACAAAACAAAGAAAUGCUUCGCUAUGAAGGAGCAGGAGCUGGCCAUGAAGAAGAAGUUGACCCUCUACGCUCAGAAGUUUGACGAGUUUCAGGCAACACUGGCCAAAAGCAACGAAAUCUACGUCCGAUUCAAAAAGGAGAUGGAUAAUAUGUCAGACAAGAUGAAGAAGAUGGAUAAAGAGUCAAAUCUGUGGAAAACACGAUUUGAGAACUGCAACAAGGCUCUGACCGAUAUGAUUGAAGAGAGGGCCGAGAAAAGCAAAGAGUACGACCUGUUCGUCCUGAAGAUUCAGAAGCUGGAGAAACUGUGUCAUGCCCUACAGGAUGAAAGAAAAGUCCUCUAUGACAAGAUCAAGGAAGUUCGUCUCACUAAUGCCAACAUCCCAGGGAAGUACUUAGGCACCUCAAACCUCAAUGACAGCCGCAACACUGAAGGUGCCGACAAAUCUGCCCUUCUGACUGCUGAGGAGCUCCAGGAGCUCCAGGAGCUCCAGGCGGACGACCCGGUCCUAACAGAGGACAUGAGCCGCCUGAGAGAGGAGCAGACCAAGCUGCAGCAUUUCGCCGCCUCCCUGUUGGCCACACCUUCCGAUGAUGAAAAGGACAAAAGUGAUGAUUCAGACCUUGAAGAAGAUGACAUUGCUUCUGUGUUUGGUCAGUUUAAAACCAAAACUCAAGUCAAAAAAGAUGUGGUUUCAGUUCCUGAGCAGAUGGAAAAUGUAAAAUCACAGGCAGCAGAAUCUGAUCUCCCACUGCCAGUCAAAGUUGAGGAGAUUCAAAAUCCAGUCGUCCCCACACCAGAAGCUGCUACACCUGAGCAGACGACCGCUGACACAAUGCCACCAGAACCAAAUCUGAAGGUUCAGACAGAAGUCCAGGUUGCAGAGAUGCAACAAGUUCAACCCAGUGAGAAGAUUCAGCAGCAGCAACCUGUUGCACCAGAGCCUGAAAAAGCCGAGGUUGAUCCAUCCACAGAAGCAACAAAGGCUGAGGUCCAGGAGGAGACUGGUGAGGUCAAACCAAUGGUCAUGAUGGACGAGCAGAAGGCCCAGCAGCAGCCAGCUGAACCAGAAGAAGCACCAAACACCUCAACGUCAGCUCCACCUCCUGCAAACACACCUGAAACUGCUGCCUCCUCAGAAGUCAACUCUUCCAAGAAGCAGGCACCAAAGAAAAAGAAGAAGAGGAAUGGCAAGAACGCAAGCUAAACUCUAGGUUAUGCUAAACUGUAGGAUGUGCAGAAGGUGUGUGUGUGUGUGUGUGGUGUUAUUUGGGGAUGGUGAGUGUGACAGAAACCUUACUGUGCCUUUGCAACUUCUUUUUGUAAAAGUUCUUUAGUUUGUCCCAGCUGGUGCAGCUGAGUUUUCGAAUGAUUCAAUGUCUCCAGAUGAGGAUGGACAAAUAAGCCAGCUGUGUUUUACAGUUUAAAUGCCAGAAUGGAGAGUAAAGAGAGUAAAAGGCCCUACUGUCUGGGAAAUUUAAUGAACAGAAGUGCCAUGAGGAGUCUGUGCCUUAUGUGAAGCAAUGUGAAACAGUCAUUGGUUGGUAUUAAUGCCAGAAGAAACGCAUCUAAUUGAAACUAAAAAUCAGGUCGCAUUAAGGCGACUCCAAUAAAACAGUUGUUUUUUGACAGAUUUACAUUUCUUCUGUUUUUACCUUCUGUUUUUACUUUCUAUUACUAAUUAAAUGAACAGUCUUUGGUGUCUA